UUCGACUGUGGUACUGCGAUCUAACCACAAAACGAGGUCAAGAGGACCAUGGUGAUAAGAUCCAAUCAAGAGCCACAAAUCAUGCCCAAAACUCUCCAGCGCUCACCUUGUCCUGCGGGCUUUAGCACAAGUACGCGGCAUUAAAUUACGCAAGGGGAGGCCAUUCUUCUUGGUCUGAGCUAGUUAGCACGGAAAACAAACUCGCAACCAAAGUAGCUGGCUAGCAUAGUAGCUAGCAGUAUAUUUCGCAGAGACGAAUCACAAUGAGUCUUGAUAAAGCAGAGCUAUGCGACUCAUUGCUAAGCUGGCUGAAGACGUUUCAGGUGCCUUCCUGCACCAGCAAGCAGGACCUGACCAGUGGAGUGGCCAUCGCCCAUGUGCUGCAUAAAAUAGACUCCUCCUGGUUCAAUGAGACAUGGCUGGGCAGAAUCAAGGAGGAGAGUGGGGCCAACUGGCGACUGAAGGUGAGCAACUUGAAGAAGAUUCUUCAGAGUAUGCUGGAGUAUUACCAUGAUGUGUUGGGCCACCAGGUGUCAGAUGAGCACCUGCCAGACGUCAGCCUGAUUGGGGAGAUGGGAGAUGUGGCGGAGCUCGGCAAACUGGUGCAGCUGGUGCUGGGCUGCGCGGUCAGCUGUGAGAAGAAGCAAGAGCACAUCCAGCAGAUUAUGACCCUGGAGGAGUCUGUCCAGCACGUUGUCAUGACUGCCAUUCAAGAGCUUCUGACUAAAGAGACUACAGAACCAGGAAGCCCUGAGAGUUAUGGAGACUUUGACUAUCAGUCUCGGAAAUACUAUUUCCUCAGUGAAGAGGCGGAGGAGAAGGAGGACUUGAGCGGACGCUGCCGUGAGCUGGAGCACCAGGUGUCCGCGAUCAUGGAGGAGAAGACGGCGCUCCAGACGGAGGUGCGCACCCUGAAGGAGAGGCUGAGCCGCUGCGACCCGCUGGACGCCUCCUCCACCAUCACCGGAAAGAAGCUCCUGUUGCUGCAGAGCCAGAUGGAGCAGCUGCAGGAGGAGAACUUCAGGCUAGAGAAUGCCAAGGACGACAUGCGUGUGCGUGCGGAGAUACUGGAGCGCGAGGUCUCUGAGCUGCAGCAGCGCAACGAGGAGCUGACCAGCCUGGCCCAGGAGGCGCAGACGCUCAAGGACGAGAUGGACAUCCUGCGGCACUCCUCGGACCGGGUGAGCCGGCUGGAGGCACUGGUGGAGAACUACAAGCGCAAGCUGGAGGACCUGGGAGACCUGCGCAGGCAGGUGCGGCUGCUGGAGGAGCGGAACACCGUCUACAUGCAGCGCACCUGCGAGCUGGAGGAGGAGCUGCGGCGCGCCAACGCCGUCCGCACACAGCUGGACACCUACAAGAGACAGGUCCAUGAGCUCCACACCAAACACUCGUCAGAGGCGAUGAAGGCAGAGAAGUGGCAGUUUGAGUACAAGAAUCUCCACGACAAGUAUGAGGCCCUUCUGAAGGAAAAGGAGCGCCUGAUCUCUGAGAGGGACACACUGCGAGAAACCAACGAGGAGCUCCGCUGUGCCCAGGUACACCAGAAGUGCCUCAGCCAAGCAGGAGGUCUGUGUGAUGACGAUUCUGGCACAGUGGGAAACCUGGCCUCUGAAAUCAUGCCCACAGAGUUCAAGGAGACGAUGGUGCGUCUGCAGAGUGAGAACAGGAUGCUUUGUGUGCAGGAGGAGAGCUACAGGCAGCAGCUGGUGCAGCUGCAGAGCCAGCUGGAGGAGUCCCAGCGUAGCCACAACGUUCUGGAGACCCAGAACAGGCUGAACCAGCAGCAGAUCUCAGAGCUGCGUGCUCAGGUGGAGGAGCUACAGAAGGCCUUACAGGAACAGGGCAGCAAAGCUGAGGAUGCUAUCUCAUCCCUGCUGAAGAAGAAACUAGAAGAGCAUCUGGAGAAGCUGCACGAAGCCCACUCAGACCUGCAGAAGAAGAAGGAGUUCAUCGACGACCUGGAGCCCAGAGUGGACAGCAACAUGGCAAAGAAGAUUGAUGAGCUGCAGGAGAUCUUGAGGAAGAAAGACGAGGACAUGAAGCAGAUGGAGGAGCGCUAUAAGCGCUAUGUGGAGAAGGCGCGCACGGUGAUUAAGACCCUGGACCCCAAACAGCAGUCCCCCUCCAUGUCUCCUGAGCUUCUGACACUGAAGAACCAGCUGACUGAGAAAGAACGGAAGAUCCAGCACUUGGAGCAUGAUUACGAGAAGUCCAAGUCUAGACAUGAGCAGGAGGAGAAACUCAUCAUUAGUGCAUGGUACAAUAUGGGCAUGGCUCUCCAUCAGAAGGUUGUGGGCGAGCGGUCGGGACCCUCGGGCCAGGCUCAGUCCUUCCUGGCCCAGCAGAGGCAGUCCACCUACGCAAGGAAGGGCCUAGCCUCACGACUACAGCCCAGAUAAGACGGCGGUUGACUCAAGAGAAAGACAUUGAUUGGUUGAUGAGUUGGAGGGUAGCGUAGAGUGAGUAGGAACGGCACGACAGUGUCUAAAUGCGUUUAGACUUCUCUCUUUCUCUCUGCAGCCACCCUGUGUCAGUCAGUGUUCACUGAUCUCUCUUUCCAUAGUGUUCCUGACAUGGUACUGGCUCCCCCUUCAGGUUCAAUGCUGAUAAAGGCAGAGUGAUUCUGCAGAAACUGACACUGUGGUGCUGGCCACACACACAAAACAAACACACAUGCACACUCACCUCAAGCUGCCAGGGUUGUUUAUAAAAAGACAGCAAAUUAAUAAGCAGUAAUAUCCCACAUAAAUUACAGACAGCCCGGUUCUCUCAGAAUCUCGCGUCUUUCCUGUGUAUGUUUUAUCAGUCUUUUUAAACUGUAAAUAUUUUUUUACUGUGUUUGAAAGGCCCGUUAUAAGAAGGUAACUUGGGUCGAGUGUUUCCUUUUUUUCCACAGCUUGCUGGAGUGUGGAGUCGCCUUAAAGGAGAAAACAACCUGCAUAUCGGUUUACAGUGUCAGACGUGAAGUACUUUACAGGAGGAAACGCGGUCCUAUUCUUGAGGCUUUGUUUUAAAUCUGGUUAUUUAUACCCCCCAUUUUUUGCAUUCAGGGACAGUCAGUGGAAACAUUACAGUACAUUUGCCCUCAUCUGAGUGAUUGCCUCCUCUUUGGAGUUGAGUGGUGGUGAGAUCACCAUUCCAGAGAUUUUUGUAAGUUGGAGAGUUGAGGCGUUUGGCAUGAAAUUAGGCUUCAGCUGUAGACCCACAAACCCAUUCAUACACAGCACACUGUGUCAAGAUGUCACUUUUUAAAAUGUUCAAUUACAGUCUCAUUUUAUUUGCUUUAGUAUACUUAAGAGUGUUUGUAGACAUUCGUUUCACUUUUAAAACUGCUUUUGAGUAGCUGCCUUUUUAAAGUGACAUGUAAUAUGCUGCUGAACAAAAUGCAAAAUGUCACAUAGGUUUUUUUUUCUCCUUAUUAUUUUUUUCUUCCCCAUCUUUGACACUUAAAUGAAGAACACCGCUGUCUGGUCUAGUCUGUUAGUUGUCCUUUGUCAUGGUGUUAUUGUGCAUCUUUAUUUGUAUUUUCAUUUUUUGCUCGUUUUUAUUUCCUUUCCUUUAUGAAAUGGUUCGAAUACAGCAGUAAAGCAUACAGAAUACAUAGUAAGUGGCAGCACUUUCCUGUGGGGGAAUGGAAAAAAAGAUUGUGCCUCUGAAGACUAACUUUACCGUGAAGGUUGGCAUGACUAGAGAAUGAUGGGGUUUCACAGAAGGACUCCUGGUCUUUUUAAAUUGUGCACUUUCAGUAUGAACCCACCACUUGCAUAUGAAGCUGACAUUUGACCUACAUAGCCUCAACCUUUGCGUUGACUUGUUCACCCAGUUGAUGAGGAUUUUGCACAGCCUCUGUCAAUUUUGUGUUGCACGAUAUAGUGUAUUGUACAUGGGCACAUGGCUCUGUCCCACCAUGAUUGUUUUUGACUGGCACUUUGCAUGAGUCCUAAGUAUAGCCCCCGCAUUAACCAAAACUUGCUUUCAACUGGAUUCCAGCAGAGACGUGCUGUAUGAUGGCCACUGUGUUUUUUGAAGUUAAACACUUUUGCACACUGUAUGCAUUGUGACAUGCUAUAAUAUUUAAUGCAUGAUGCGAGUUCUCUUUCUCAUGUACACUACAUCUGACCACUUGGGUUUAAGUCAAAUGUGAAUGGAAAAAUUGCUAUACAUUGUCAAAACUGGAUCAAAAUCUGGUGGAUGUUCUUAAGAGAAUGUCAUUGCUGUAUUGUACUACACUACUUGUACUUGUGAAACUAGUUAUACAGUAAUUCAAGGUGCUAUGUUGUUAUAAUUUAAAUUCUGAUUUUUUUCCAAGUACA